AAAUGUCAAACCAAACAAUCUGGCAUGAGCUGAGCUUUCCAGAUUGGCGGUGGCGUAUUGUUUUCUCAGCAUUUUCUAACAUAAACACCACAAAAUGGCAGGAGUGCUAUUCGAGGACAUAUUCAACGUAAAGGACAUGGAUCCCGAAGGCAAGAAAUUCGACCGCGUCAGUCGUUUGCACUGUGAAUCCGAGUCGUUCAAGAUGGACCUGAUUUUGGAUAUAAAUUCGUGGAUAUAUCCGAUGGAGCUGGGUGAUAAGUUCCGGUUGGUGCUGGCGACGACGCUCCGGGAGAACGGGUACCCGGACGGCGGGGAGUGGAAUCCUCUGGACACGGAGGGAAACCGUGCUGAUAGCUUCGAAUAUGUCAUGUCGGGCAAAGUUUAUAGGAUAGAAGGUGACGAGGCAGCAAUGGAGACGGCAUCCCGCCUGGCGGCCUACGUGUCGUUCGGGGGGCUGCUGAUGCGGCUGCAGGGCGACGCCAACAAUCUCCACGGCUUCGAGGUCGAUCAGCACAUGUACCUGCUUAUGAAGAAACUGGCCUUCUAGAAAAUAGAAAAU